AUUGAGGGCCGUAUAUCCCGCUUUCACGACUCUUGAAUCCUCUCUUCUCUCUCCCAAGUCACUCCCCCAUCACAAGUUUCUUCGCAAAUCUUGUGAUCCUUCGAGCCUCGAGCCUUGCUCUCUGAGACCAGACCUCCCCCUUCUCAGACAACUCGUCAAGUUAAGCUUCAUUUCCAGAAGAUUCUCAUCACCUUCAAGAUGGUCUCUGCCAAGUCAGUCACUUUGUUCGGCAGCAUGCUGCUGGGCAACGUCAUGGGCGCCGACAACAUGGGUCCGGCCGCUUUCCUCUGGCCCCCAGACCGUGAGUGGUCUGCCGAUGCCGACAACACGGCCCCUUGUGGAUCCACCAAUGGCCCCGGUGUCCGCACCGAGUUCCCUCUCGUGAACGGCAAGCUUGCCCUUGUCACCCAGGACGUCACCCGCUCCGUCCACCUCAGUGUCUCCUACGAGAACGACCCCAAGUCCGUCUCCGACUUCGAAACCUUCCUCGGACCUAGCGAGGUCGGCAGCCUCGACCUCGGCCACACCUGCGUGACGGUCCCCAGCGCGCCCUCGGGCACCGCCGCCGGCUCCAACGCGACCUACCGCAUGCUCUACGUCUCCAACUUUGACCAGGACGAGUCCAAGCGCGAGACCUACUACGCCUGCGCCGACGUUACCUUCGUCGACGUCUUUGCCACCUCCAUUCCCUGCUUCAACGCCACCGUCAGCGACCCGGACGUCGACGUCGACACCACGGUCAACGUCACCACCACCGACUCGGGCGGCAACACCCCGCACACCGCUGCCGACUUCACCGCCGCCGGCGAAUCCAAGAGCUCCGGUCUCUCCAAGGGCGCCAUCGCUGGUGCCGCUGUCGGCUCUAUCGCGGGUGUCUCUCUGCUCGCCCUUGCUGGAUUCUUCUUCUGGCGCAAGAAGGCUGCCAAGAAGGAGGCUGUUACUGAGCCCAUGCAGCAGCGCUGGGAUGCCGAAAAGGCUGUCAGUGACACUUCCUCCGUCAACAGCCGUCCCCAGCACUAAGCUUGCCUUAAACCGAAUUCAACGCAUGGCGUUGCCUUUGAUGGCAGUGUCAUAAUGCGCUUAACAUAAUCCUGGAACGAGAGAUGAUAUGAUUGACGUAGAUCAUGAAGUAGCAAGAAUAAAGGGAGACAUCCCGCUUAAUAUCUCGCUCUUAACCAAUAUGUGUUCCUGAACUCGAUGCCAAUGGUCGUGUUGAAGAAAACAAAAAUGAUGUCUUCCUGUCUUACUGAUGCAUGUUAUUGAUGCAAUUACGCGGGUCUUUCCACUGAAUAAUUGCCCCACCUUAUAGCCCGCUUUAGUGCAUGGACAUCCAGGCAGCAUCCCCAAGGCAACCGCUCCACCGUUGAACUUCAACGGCCUCAGGUGAG